AUGUCUCGAAGUAUGAACUGUUUGAAUACGUGCACUGCGCUACGAGGUAACAUCACAGAUCAUGGGGCAAGUUAUCCACAAGCUGUCUCCACCGCCAGUAUCGACGUGAAUGCUGACAAGCAGGAGGUUCAAUCAUUAUUGGAAAUCCACGACAAGCGGCGCUGGAGAGUCGCUGGGCCCCAACUCGCAGCCGAUUCACGCUUAAUCAUUGAACCAGCAGACAUAAACCUGAUCAGUGAUAUGAUCAAGGACAUUAAACCAGGCAGGACUAAUCUCCGCCCAGACGGUGUUGUGGUACGCGCCAUAUUGAUUGGCGCGAAACAAUUGGUCAAAGAAGGUUUUGCUGUCCCGUAA